AUGUUUUCCAGGUAUCCUUUGUACAUCAUCAACUCUAUCGACUACUUCCUGCCGAGGUUUUCAAUCGCUGGAUUGACGUUGUGGGCGGUGGUGUUAUCUCAUGUGAGCUGCGCCUUGAAUCCUCUCAUUUACGCGUACGGCAUGCCGGGUUUCAAAAAGGCUCUCCGGGAAUUCUUCAAUAUAAGCACUGAUCAAAGCAAUACGGUCAAUUUUUCGUGCUACUUGAGGUCCGAGCCAACGAAAGGUCUUCAAAAUUUGCCAGGUCGUAUAAGAAGGUACCCAUCGGAGACCCUUCGUAAAAUUUCUGCACCGACGCCAAUCAUCAAGCGUAGUUUGAAAGAACGGCGCAUACGGCGACAAACUAUCGAUAUUACUUGA